AUGUUUAUAAAAUCAUUGGAUGUUUCUCGAGAAAGAAAAACUGGGAUUUAUCUGAAAGAAAUUAUUGUUUCUGUGAUUGAAUCAAUUGGACAAGAACAUGUUAUACAAUUCAUAACUAAUAAUGGUAGCAAUUUCACAUCUGCUGGUGACAUGCUCAUUGGAUUGUAUCCUCAAAUGUAUAAGAUGAGGUGUGCUUCUCAUGAAAUUCAGCUUCUUUUGAAAGACAUAUAUGAAGAAGUUAAUUGGGUAAAAGUUGCCACAGAUGAAGCAAGAAUAAUAGUUAUGUUCAUGACACAGUACACAGUUCUUCAUGCAGCAAUGAAAGAGUUCACCAAAGAUAGACAAUUGAGACAACCUUGUGCCACAAGAUUUGCUUCAAAUUUUUUAAUGCUUCAAUCUGUGUUGGAUGUGGAGAAUGAACUUCGACUCUUUGUUGCUUCAUCUAAAUGGAGGGGUUUUGAUUAUUGUAAGACCGAAUCAGCUAAAAGGGUCACUGAAAUUGUUCAGAGUGAUUUUUGGGCUAGAGGAAGGGAGGUUAUAAAAACUAUUGAGCCAUUGGUUCAAGUUCUUCGUUUGGUUGAUAGUGAUGGAUCUACUGCUGGUUACUUAUAUGAAGCAAUGACGAGGGCAAAAGUUGCAAUCAAAGAAAGAUGUAAUAGUGAGGCAAGCAAGUAUGGGAGAAUUUGGGAAUUGUUUGAGAAUCAUCGGGUCAACAACAUCAUUCAUCCUAUACAUGCUGCAACUGCCUUUCUCAAUCCAGCUUACUUUUGCUCACAAAAUUUUAGAGAGGAUAGGGAGAUGAAAGAUGGCAUCAAUUUCAUUCAUAAAAACCUACUUCUAAUAGAAGAAAAGCAUCCAUUUAUGAGAGAGGUUCAGUUGUAUCGUAGUAGGCCAGCUAUCUUAUUUAUUGCAACGGCAAAAACGAUGUUACAAACAAGUCAUGCUCGAAUAUGGUGGGAUUACAAUGGGGAUGAUCUUCCUGUGCUCAAGAAGUGUGCCAUUCGAAUUCUGAGUCAACCUUGUAGCGCUUCAUCAUAUCUUGAGAAAUUGGGGGAGCUUCCAGACUUUGAAUAUGAAGAAAUUCAUAUGGAUGAAGAUGAUAAUUCUACACUGACAGUUGAGGGUUACAUGGAUGACUUAAUGGAUAAUGAUGACAUUGCUUGGUUGGAUGAUGCUCUUUUUUGA